AUUUUAUACUUUCUCUUCUUGGGAAUCAAAUAGUGCACCAUAGCAGGACAGCACACGUCGCAGAAUGCCUGACUUCACAGUCAGACCCUACGAAGGAGGCAGCGACUCGAACUCGCUGGAAGCAGCUUUUCGAAUAUAUCUCACUAGCUCAAGCCUGACGCAGUGCGGCUUGAAGAAUGGCGAGCUAUGCAUACUGAAAGACGCCAGUGGAAAGCCAGUAUACGGAUUUGCUUGGCUGUAUAAAAGCCCCAAUGCAAAUAAUGCAAAGCCUAUAGCGAAGGUCACAGAAUCCUUCAAGAACUUUUACGGCCUCUCUUUCCAGGAAAAGGUCAGCAUAGAAAAGGGCGCUGAUGGUAGGAUACAUGCAGACACGGUGUACCUUAGGUCUACAGAUAUCAGCGAACGUGGGUCUUUGCUAGAGGAUUUUGCGGACCUUGAACAGGCGUUGUUCUGUAUCCAUAUUUUGUUGUUUGCUGCUUCGAGUGCGUGCUCUCCAUACACAAUCGAUGUGGUGUCGAAGAUCAAGUCUAGGAAGCGUCAGUUGCAGAUACAUGCUAUUGAGCCAGCAGCCACGUCUAGUACUUUAUACAAAGUCGACCACAGAACGAAGAUCGUUCUAGACACGCCUGGUGAUGUCAAUUCGCUCGUAGAGGAAUGUCCGCAAAUAGUAUUGAAAGCUGCGCCCAAGCCUGACUUUGCAACCAUUGGUGGUCUUGAGCAGCAAUUGGACAUCUUGACAAAGUCCAUUUCUCGCAUGAUAGAUGACAAUAAGACGAAGACAAACUGGACGAGGCCACCAAAAUGCCGACGCGGCGCCGGUAUCCUCCUUCAUGGCCCUGAGGGAACAGGCAAGACCAUGACCAUCCAAGGCCUCGCAGCAGCCUUCGGACCGCACGUCUUCGAGAUCAGCCCGGCAACUCUAGGCACGACCGCAAAGGAUGCACAUGCCAAGCUGAAAGAGAUAUUCGCAAAAGCUGAGCAGGUCCAACCAAGUCUCGUCACCAUAGAUCACUGGGAAACCGUCUUUGGAGACGCAGAGUCUGCUCGAAGAGAUUUGCUUGACAGUCUGGCGUCUCGGUUACGUGCUUUGAAGGGAGAGCGGACGCUUGUAGUGGCAGCUGCGCGCAGUCUCCAGGCCGUCGACAAGUCCCUGAGGUCCUACGACACGUUCAGCAAAGUCAUCGAGAUACCAGUUCCUGAUGCCAGGGCGCGUGGCAGUAUCCUCAAAUCGAUCCUCGACACCACUAAACAAGACCCGCUCUGCGAGCGCAUCGGCGAACGCACCCACGGAUACGUAGGCCGAGACCUCGUCGAACUAUGCAUAGUCGCACUCGAGAAGGCCGAAGAGCGAGUCGACGCCGCACCCCCUUCCGAGCCCAUCCCAGACACCGACCAACCCCCAGCACACAUCUCGACCGACAUCUUAACCGAACAAGACUUCACCUCAGCACUCCACGAAGUGCGCCCCAGCGCCAUGAAAGAAGUAUUCCUCGAAACCCCCAAAGUCCGCUGGGAAGACAUCGGCGGCGCCGAAGCCGUCAAAGAAGCAAUGUACAAAGUCACCGUGCGUCCCUACAAAUAUCCAGCCCUAAUCAAACACCUCUCCCUCACCCCGCAAAAAGGCAUCCUCCUCUACGGUCCCCCAGGCUGCUCCAAGACCCUCACCGCCCAAGCCGUCGCCUCCUCAGCAGGCCUCAACUUCCUCGCCGUCAAAGGCGCCGAGCUCCUAAACAUGUACGUCGGCGAAUCCGAACGCGCCAUCCGCGCCCUCUUCACCCGCGCCCGCGCCGCCUCCCCCAGCGUCAUCUUCUUCGACGAAAUCGACGCCAUCGCCGCCUCCUCCCGCAACAACAACAUACACACUCCAGGCCUCAACGUCGUCACCACCCUCCUCAACGAAAUGGACGGCAUCGAAACCCUCAGCAACGUCCUCGUCAUCGCAGCUACUAACGCCCCCGAGGCCCUCGACCCCGCCCUCCUGCGCCCUGGCCGCAUAGACACGAUUCUAUACGUCGGGCCCCCGACCACCCCCGCCCGCCGCGAGAUCUUCACCUUGCGCAACCGUCGCAGAGAGCUUGAGCAGGACGUCGACGUCGAUGUGCUGGCGGAGCGCACAGAGGGAUGUUCCGGCGCGGAAGUAGUGCGGAUCUGCGAUGUUGCGGCGGAGGAGGCGGCGGCGGAGUGGGAGGGUGGGGAGAAGGGGGAGAUGCCGAGGGUGGGGAUGAGGCAUUUUGAGAAGGCGUUGGGGGAUGUGCCGAGGAUGAUUACGGCGGAUAUGAGGAGGCGGUAUGAGGAGUGGGCGCCGGGCGGGGUGUCGAAGUUGUUGUAGGGAGUGUCUUGUGGAUAACGUCUAGAUGGAUAUGUAGAUAGGCCUGAUCUUUAUUGACGAGUUAUACCAUCUACAUCUUCUCUAGCUGGGGCUAGAGCAAUAUAUACAGCCACAUGCACGUCAGGCAGGGCGUGUUCAUAAGCAUAGUUGUCAAGGGCCAGAGAGGACGUGGCAGAAGCAGGGAAGUACGAAGGAGGUAGUAGAAGCACAAAAAAAUCAUAGACUCAUAUCACGGCUAUACAUAUAUCCCCCCACCCUCUCAACGAAGAAC